GUGAAUCAACAGUACAGACUUGCUUCUGGCUUCUCUGUGAUCAACAGAAAGCUCCCAGACACUAUGGUGCAUUUCACUGCUGAGGAGAAGGCUGCUGUUGCCAGCCUGUGGGCUAAGGUGAAUGUGGAUGUGGCUGGAGGUGAGAUCCUGGGAAGGCUCCUAGUCGUCUACCCAUGGACCCAGAGGUUCUUUGACAAUUUUGGCAACUUAUCUUCUGAAACUGCAAUCAUGGGCAAUCCAAAGGUCAAGGCCCAUGGCAAGAAGGUGCUGACUUCCUUUGGAAAUGCUGUUAAGCAUAUGGAUGACCUCAAGGGCACCUUCUCUCAACUAAGUGAGCUGCACUGUGACAGGCUGCAUGUGGAUCCUGAAAACUUCAAGCUCCUAGGCAAUAUGAUUUUGAUUGUCUUGGCAACCCAGUUCGGCAGGGAGUUUACCCCCCAGAUGCAGGCUGCCUGGCAGAAGCUGACAACUGCUGUGGCUAAUGCUCUCACCUUCAAGUACCACUGAGUUGCCUGUCCAACUCUAUGUAUGCCUACCAGAGGGUUCUGUGUUCCAAGAAGACUGGGGACAGUGCCUUGCUUCUAGACUUAACUCUUAUAUGACAAAAAUAAAAUAAAAAUUAUGCUCUAUAAGGAA